AAUUAUUGGUUGGCAACCGCCAAUAAACUCUUAAAAAAAAAGAAGAAGAGAGAACCAAGCUCUUUCGAACUACAUCACCCAUGGUGCACUUAGGCUGUCGCGCAAGCGCAGAUGGGUUUAUUUAGAAUACAGACAAGCGGAAGCUCCACUCUGAAACUGACCGAACGGGAUAGUUCUUGGUGUGAUGGAGAGGUGAUGUGCCAGUCAGAGGAGUGAUAAGGCCAGAGCAGCCAUGACUGAGUGCUUCCUGCCCCCCAGCAGCAGCCCUGCAGAGCAGCGCAGGGCUGAGCACCCCGGGGGCGUGGCCCGCACCCCCAGCUCUGAGGAGAUCAGUCCCACAAAGUUCCCCGGCUUGUACCGCACCGGCGAACCAUCGCCGCCUCAUGAUGGCCAUCACCAUGAGCCACCAGACGCCUACGUCUCAGACGAUGACAAAGAGCACGGCAAGAAGAAGAACAAGUUCAAGAAAAAAGAGAAAAGGACGGAAGGCUACGCCGCCUUCCAGGAGGACAGUUCGGCCGACGAAGCAGAGAGCCCGUCCAAGAUGAAGCGCUCCAAAGGAAUCCAUGUGUUCAAGAAGCCCAGCUUCUCUAAGAAGAAGGAAAAGGACUUCAAGGUGAAGGAGAAGGAGAAAGAGAAAGAGAAAGGCCCCAAGGAGGACAAGGCCAAAGAUAAGAAAUCAAAGGACCUGACGGCUGCAGACGUGGUUAAACAAUGGAAGGAGAAGAAAAAGAAGAAGAAACCGACAACAGAGGUCGAGCCCGUCCCAGUGGAGAUCCCCACCUUCAGGCCUAUCUUUGGAGCACCUCUGACUGAAGCCGUCAAGAGGACAGCUCUGUACGAUGGCAUCCAGCUGCCAGCCAUAUUCAGAGAAUGUGUGGACUACAUUGAAAGUUAUGGCAUGAAGUGUGAAGGCAUCUACCGGGUCUCAGGUAUGAAGUCCAAGGUGGAUGAGCUGAAAGCAGCAUAUGACCGUGAGGAGUGCCCCUGCCUGGAGGAGUAUGACCCCCACACGGUGGCCAGCCUACUGAAGCAGUACCUGCGCGAGCUGCCAGAGAACCUGUUGGGCCGGGAUCUGGCGCAGCGCUUUGAGGACUCCUGCGGUCGGCAGGUGGAAGCCGAGAAGAUGACGGAGUUCCAGAGGCUGCUGGCCGAGGUGUCGCCGGAGAGCCGACUUCUUCUCUCCUGGCUCGUCACGCACAUGGACCACGUCAUCGUCAGGGAGGCGGACACCAAGAUGAACAUUCAGAAUAUCUCCAUCGUCCUCAACCCAACCAUACAGAUUGGGAACCGCGUCCUCUACAUGUUCUUCACACACGUGAGGGAGCUGUUUGGAGACGUAGUCCUGAGGCCGGUGGUGCGGCCGCUCCGCUGGUCCAACAUGGCGACCAUGCCGGCGCUGCCAGAGACCCAGGAGAGCGUCAAAGAGGAGAUCCGACGACAGGAGUUCCUGCUGAACUGCCUGCACAGGGACCUGCAGGCGGGGGUGAAGGACUUAUCUAAAGAGGAGCGGCUCUGGGAGGUUCAGAGGAUCCUGACUGCUUUAAAACGCAAACUGAGGGAAGCCAAACGUCAGGAGUGUGAGAGUAAGAUAGCACAGGAGAUAGCAAGCCUCUCAAAGGAAGAUGUUUCAAAAGAGGAAAUGACUGAGAAUGAAGAGGAAGUCAUCAACCUCCUCUUAGCACAGGAGAAUGAGAUCCUGACGGAGCAGGAGGAGCUGAUCUCUCUCGAGCAGGUGCUUCGUAGACAGAUUGCCACUGAGAAGGAAGAAAUCGAGAGACUGCGAGCGGAGAUCGCAGACAUACAGAGUCGGCAGCAGGGUCGCAGUGAGACGGAGGAAUAUUCAUCAGACAGUGAGAGUGAGAGUGAGGACGAGGAAGAGCUGCAGAUGAUUCUGGAAGAUCUGCAGAAGCAAAACGAGGAACUGGAGAACAAAAACACCCACCUGAACCAGGCCAUCCACGAGGAGCAGGAAGCCAUCUUGGAGCUCCGCGUCCAGCUUCGCCUCCUGCAGAGCCACAAGCUGCAGCAGGAACUGACCGUCCAGCCGCCGGCCGAGCAGGCCCCGCCGGCGCAGCCGAGCCCGGAGCCCCGCGCCGAGGAGCAAACCAAACGCCCGGUUGCCACGGUGGCUGCCGGUGCUGACGUCGCUGCCUCAGCCAACGGCAAGGCGGCUAAGGAUCCUUCAAAGCCCUCGCCGAACAAAGACAGGCGGGACACCAACAUGUGAGAUGUCAGCUCAGUCAUGUGUUUGGUGGCUCUGUGCCGCUGUACGUCUCUACCGCUGGUCAGUUGUCCUGUAGUGUCACUCGUUAUCCACUGGAGCGCUCACUUUGCUGGAUCCAUGAAUCUCAUUAGUAAUAGUGUCCAUCAAGUGGCGGCCAUGGAAAAAUCUGUUAUACUGUCUUUGGCGUCCUGACUCUUUUAGCAGAUGUCAAACACCUUGUUUCACAUUUUUCCAUGCAAACACACACACACACACACACACACACACACACACACACACACACACACACACAAUAGAAAUAGAGUAGCUGCUGUAGCGGACAACUGGCUACCACUGUGACAGAUUAGGUGGAGCAAAUCAAAUCCACAGUGCCAAGCCUGUAUGAAGGAGGAAAGGGGGGGUGAGGAGAAAUGAAGGGAUUCAUAAAGCAAGUCAGGGGAAGGAAGAAAGAAGUAAGUCAGGCGCCUUGCCAGUAUAAAACAUAAAGAUUAUUUGUUUGCUGGUAAGGUCUCAAGAAAUGAACAUAGCCCAGAUAUAAUGUCAGUCCCUGUAUCUCACGAUGUCCCUCACCUAAAUGCAACCGGGGCAUGUUAGGAUAGAGACCACUGUGCCAUAACCGAAGAUGCCAGAGAACCACUAAUACAAAAGCUCUUUGAAUAAUGAAGAAUUUAUGAUUGGUCUAUCUAUAUAUUAUAUAUUUAAGUAGUAUUCGCAAAGAAUACGGAUGCCUAUUCGAGAAAUGCAUUGAGUUUAAGUUACAGCUUUUUUUCUAGUAAUAUAUGAAUAUGUAUAAAUAAAUUGUAGGUGCUUUCUUUUUCUUUGAACAGCAGAUGCACAUAAACACAGUGGCGUUGUACCUCGCAACUGACCAGUGGAUGAAAACAUGAACGGCAAACAAAAAGUUUCUUCAUCACUGGAAAAUGUAGACAAUGGAGGCCGCAUUGUUACAGUCACACUUUGCUCUGUCGUGCAAUCAUCUUCUCUGUUCUCGCUGCCUCUUGCACAACCAAGGAAACGUGGAAAAUGACAUUUUUCCAGUUUAAUGAUGGAACAACAAAUCUGUAGUGAUGAUUAUUGUCGCCAAAAUGUGUGCAGAGACACGCAGGAGGCCUGUUUUUAGUUUUGUUGUGUAUUUGUUUUUUUAACUCGACGUGUGUAGUUCAUGGCAUCAGUUGGAAGUGAGUAAAAAAACAAAACAAGAUUACAAGUCAAUCAUUUCAUUUCACAACUGAGCCAUGACUUGCAAAGUACUGUCAUUGUUCAGUGAUAUUUAAAGCAAAGGCAUGGCCUGACUAACUUACCGUUUGUGUAUAUCAUUGUAAAAUUGCAAACAUACUGUAUUUUCAGCGCUUAUGUUUUGUCAUAGGUUCUUUUUUUUAUUUUAUUAAUAAUGACCUUUAUGGAGUAUGCUAGUGCGACUGCCCCUGCUUUGGUUGCGGGUAAAUCAAGCAAUCUCAUCUGGACUCAUGAUUCAACGUGUUAUUCAACGUGUUAUUAAUCCUGUGACUGAAACAGAUACAUGCUAGAUUGGGCUCAGAAGCUUCUCGUGAGGUUAUUUUCAUAUUGUUCCAAGCUUUUUGUAGCUUAUUGUUGCAGACAGAAUAAUGCUGUGAAGAAUAAAGUGUCAAUCCGAAAAAUG